CAGGCGGCGGGCGGGAGCGCGCAGCGGACGCGGCGGCGGCGAGAGUUACAGUACUUACUUGUUGUUAGUGUCAGUCGCUCGGCAGCAUUGCCACGGUCAGCAGGAAGAGCGCGGACACGCGGCGAUGGUGGUCCCUGCGGCGGCGAGCGCGCCCCUCAGGAAAAGAAUAUUUGAAGUCCAUUUGUAAAGAAAGAAAAGGAAACAAGGACAGAACGCCUAAAUUUGGAGCCAGUUGAACCAGGUUGAUCAUUCAUAGAAGAGCUGCUAUAACAACAUAGAGAAGGUGAAAACUUAACAUAAAAGUUUUGCCAUGCACUGAAAGAAAAGCGUUGUCUGUGAAGUUCUACUUUUAAAAAUGUCUGCUUGUAAUACCUUUACUGAACACGUUUGGAAACCGGGUGAAUGCAAGAACUGCUUUAAGCCCAAAAGCUUACACCAGCUCCCCCCAGACUCUGAGAAGGCACCCACCACCCAUGGCAAUGUGAAAACAAAUGCCAAUCACAGUAACAACCACCGCAUCAGGAACACCGGAAAUUUCCGGCCUCCUGUGGCCAAAAAACCUACAAUAGCUGUGAAGCCCACUAUGAUGGUGGCAGAUGGGCAAAGUGUAUGUGGUGAGCUUAGUAUCCAAGAACACUGUGAAAACAAGCCUGUCGUCAUGGGAUGGAACCGAAACAGGACUGCCUUGAGUCAGAAACCACUUAAUAAUAAUAAUGAAAAUGAUAUUGAAGGAUUUAGCCAUGUUCCUAAGCCUUAUGACAAUAAUGAUAGUGCAAAGAAGGUAUCAAAUAAUAAUAAUGGACUAACUGAAGUGUUAAAGGAGAUAGUGGGCCUAGAUACCACUCCUCAGGUAGGAGGAAAUGAAACAAACUCCAGAGAAACCUUUUUAGGAAGAAUAAAUGAUUGCUACAAACGUUCACUGGAAAGAAAGCUCCCCCCAAGCUGUAUGAUGGGUGGAAUAAAGGACUCUCAGGGCAAGCAUGUCAUUCUGAGUGGGAGCACAGAAGUCAUUAGCAAUGAAGGAGGCCGCUUCUGCUAUCCAGAGUUCUCUAGUGGUGAGGAGAGUGAGGAAGAUACUCUUUUCAGCAACAUGGAGGGGGAGCAUGAGAGCUGGGAUGAGAGUGAUGAGGAGUUGCUGGCCAUGGAGAUCCGCAUGAGAGGGCAGCCUCGCUUUGCUAACUUCAGGGCAAAUACUUUGUCUCCUGUGCGAUUCUUUGUGGACAAAAAAUGGAAUACCAUCCCCCUCCGAAAUAAGUCACUGCAGAGAAUUUGUGCUGUGGACUAUGAUGACAGCUAUGAUGAGAUUCUGAAUGGAUACAAUGAAAAUUCUGCAGUCUCCUGUGGACAAGGAAGCACUCAGAGUAUGGUGUCCUCAGAUUCCACAUCACCUGAUUCUUCUUUAACAGAAGAAUCACAUUCUGAGACAGCCAGUAGUUUAUCCCAGAAAAUUUGUAAUACAGGGAUGUCUCCUGGUAACCCUAGAGAGUCUAAGGACACAAAAGAAAAUUAUGAAAAUUUCUCUGGUAAUAAUCAGAAGGACUUGCCACAAGCCUCCAAAAGUUCUGUAAAAGUGCCAGAGACACACAAAGCAGUUCUUGCUCUUCGAUUAGAAGAGAAGGAUGGCAAGAUUGCUGUACAAACUGAAAAACAAGAAAAUAAAGCCUCUACAGAUAUUGCUGGGCAAGCAGUUACCAUAAACCUUGUCCCUGUAGAAGAACAAGCAAAGCCCUACCGCGUUGUAAAUCUGGAACAGCCAUUGUGCAAGCCAUAUACUGUUGUGGACGUGUCAGCAGCUAUGGCCAGUGAGCACCUCGAAGGUGCUGUCAGUAGCCCGAAGAUCAAAAGCUCAUCCUCUACUCCGAACUCACCAGUAACAUCGCCUGCAUUGACACCAGGACAAAUAAGCGCCCAUGUCCCCAAAUCUAGUGCAAUCCGAUACCAGGAAGUGUGGACUUCCAGCACCAGUCCACGACAAAAGAUCCCUAAAGUGGAAUUAAUUACUGGUGGAAGUGGGCCCAAUGUUCCUCCAAGGAAAAACUGUCACAAAUCAGCACCUACUUCACCCACAGCUACCAAUAUUUCCUCCAAAACUAUCCCCGUUAAGUCACCUAAUUUGUCUGAAAUAAAAUUUAACAGUUACAACAAUGCUGGUAUGCCACCUUUUCCAAUUAUCAUUCAUGAUGAGCCAACUUAUGCUCGGAGUUCCAAAAAUGCUAUCAAAGUUCCCAUUGUUAUUAAUCCGAAUGCCUAUGACAAUCUAGCCAUCUAUAAAAGUUUUCUGGGAACAAGUGGAGAACUCUCAGUGAAGGAAAAAACCACAAGUGUAAUAAGCCAUACUUAUGAAGAAAUAGAAUCUGAAAGCCAAGUGUCUGAUACCACCACUAGCAAACCCACAGAAAGUCCCCAGGCUAAAGGGUUUUCAAACAGUGCAGAGCGCAAAAGGGGCUCAGUGGCUCAGAAGGUUCAGGAGUUUAACAGCUGUCUCAACAGAGGUCAGGCUUCCCCACAGAGAAACUACAGUUCCAGCCACAGCUCCCCAGCCAAAAUUCAGAGAACCACUCAAGAGCCUGCAUCCAAAACAGAAGGUACACAGGAGUCUCAAAUGCCAGGCAGCACUGGCAACACCAGGGAGAAGGCAAGCACUGUGCUCUCGCAGAUUGUAGCUUCGAUCCAGCCCCCCCAAUCUCCUCCAGAAACACCUCAAUCUGGCCCAAAGUCUUGCAGUGUGGAAGAGCUUUAUGCCGUUCCUCCCGAUGCGAAUGAUGUGAAGAACAUUCCUAAGAGCACAGCCGUCCGGCCGAAGUCUCUCUUUACAUCUCAGCCUGGAGGUGAGGCUGAAGCACCUCAGACCACAGAAAGUCCUGGCACCAAAGUGCAAAAAGACCUAUUUGCAAAGCCUGUUACCUCUCCUCCAUCCAAAUUAGUAACCAGCCCCCAAAGUGAGCCGCCACCUCCCUUCCCCCCACCACGGUCCACUUCCUCCCCUUACCAUGCAAGUAACCUUCUGCAGAGGCAUUUCACCAACUGGACGAAGACAACUAGCCCCACCAGAUCCACAGAAGCUGAAUCUGUUUUGCACUCUGAAGGCAGCAGGCGGGCAGCUGAGGCAAAGCCUAAACGCUGGAUAUCAUUUAAAAGCUUCUUCCGCCGUCGGAAAACAGAUGAGGAAGAUGACAAAGAGAAAGAGCGAGAGAAGGGAAAGCUGGUGGGCCUGGAUGGCACGGUCAUCCAUAUGCUGCCUCCCCCUCCAGUUCAGCGCCAUCAUUGGUUUACAGAGGCCAAAGGAGAGUCUAGUGAGAAGCCAUCGAUUGUCUUCAUGUACAGGUGUGACCCUGCCCAAGGCCAGCUCAGUGUGGAACAGAGCAAGGUCAGGGCAGAGCAAACAGCAGGCACAGAAAAGGAUAGAGCAGAGGAUGUGUCACUGCCGGACUCAGAGAAGAAAAACGCUUAUUCUUCUCCAUCACAGAUUCCUGAAAAAGUUCCCAGUCAUGUGACCCAUGAAUUGGCUGAGAAAUUUUCUGCUCGGGAUCCAAGACCUCUUACAAAGCAAGAUGGCGGGGGCUGCACUUCUGUCUCACCAGCAUUGCCAUCACCUAACCCAGAAAAAGAGGAGGAAAAAGAAGAUGCUUCAGAGCCUGUGGACCCAAACCCCUGUAGUGCAACAUACAGCAACUUAGGGCAGUCCAGAGCAGCAAUGAUCCCCCCCAAGCAUCCACGGCAGCCCAAAGGAGCUCUGGAUGAUGCCAUUGCCUUUGGAGGGAAAACAGACCAAGAAGUUCCAAGUGCUUCCCAACCCACACCACCCCCACUGCCAAAGAAAAUGAUCAUAAGAGCCAAUACAGAGCCAAUCCCCAAAGACCUCCAGAAAUCCAUGGAAAGUAGCCUUUGUGUCAUGGCUAAUCCUACCUAUGAUAUUGAUCCUAACUGGGAUGCCAGCAGUGCUGGCUCAUCCAUUAGCUGUGAGCUCAAAGGACUGGACGUUGAAUCUUAUGAUUCCUUGGAGAGACCUCUGCACAAGGAGAGACCCAUCCCUUCUGCUGCAAACAGCAUCUCCAGUUUAACCACUCUCAGUAUUAAGGACAGGUUUUCUAAUAGCAUGGAAUCUCUAACAAGCCGACGUGGUCCCUCUUGCAGACAGGGCCGAAGCAUUCAGAAGCCACAGAGACAAGCACUUUAUCGAGGACUUGAAAAUCGGGAGGAAGUGGUGGGUAAAAUCCGAAGCCUUCACACAGAUGCCUUGAAGAAACUGGCUGUGAAAUGUGAAGACCUCUUCAUGGCUGGACAGAAAGACCAGCUCCGCUUUGGGGUCGACAGCUGGUCAGACUUUAGGCUAACCAGUGACAAACCAUGUUGUGAAGCAGGUGAUGCAGUUUACUAUACUGCUUCUUAUGCAAAAGAUCCACUUAAUAACUAUGCAGUCAAGAUCUGUAAGAGCAAAGCUAAAGAAUCGCAGCAGUAUUAUCACAGCUUGGCUGUUCGGCAGAGUCUGGCUGUCCACUUCAACAUCCAGCAGGACUGUGGUCAUUUCCUUGCCGAAGUUCCUAACCGUCUACUUCCCUGGGAGGAUCCUGAUGCCCCUGAAAAGGCAGAGGAUGAGAUGGAAGAGAGGGCAGAAGAGGUUAAAGGAGAAACUGUUGGGGGGAAAUCAGAGCCCUGUUGUGAAACUGAGUCAUCGCAGAAGGACAGCCAGGGCGUCUCGAACAGGAAGCAGAGAAGCCACGUUGUAGUGAUCACCAGAGAAGUUCCCCAUCUCACGGUGGCCGACUUUGUGCGAGACUCUCUGACCCAGCACAGCAAAAGCCCCGAUGUGUAUGAGAGACAGGUGUGUCUGCUGCUCUUACAACUGUGCUCCGGCCUCGAGCACCUCAAGCCCUACCAUGUCACACACUGCGAUCUCCGCCUAGAGAAUCUGCUGCUUGUCCACCACCAGCCUGGAGGAGCUACCCAGGGCCUCGGGCCUUCAGAGCCCAGCCCCAUCUCCUCUUGUCCCACAAGGCUUAUUGUGAGCAACUUCUCUCAGGCCAAGCAGAAGAGCCAUCUGGUGGACCCAGAGAUCCUGCGAGACCAGUCCCGCCUUGCCCCAGAGAUCAUAACUGCCACUCAGUAUAAAAAGUGUGACGAGUUCCAGACAGGCAUCCUCAUCUAUGAGAUGCUGCACCUACCCAACCCCUUCGAUGAGAACCCUGAGCUGAAGGAGAGGGAGUACACGCGCACAGACCUGCCUCACAUUCCUCUCCGCUCCCCCUACUCCCGGGGCCUGCAACAGCUGGCCAGCUGCCUCCUGAACCCCAACCCUUCUGAGCGCAUCCUCAUCUCCGACGCCAGAGGCAUCCUCCAGUGUCUGCUGUGGGGGCCCCGUGAAGACCUCUUCCAGACCUUUGCCGCAUCUCCAAGCCUGGCGCAGAGGAAUGCCCUGCUGCAGAACUGGCUGGACAUUAAGAGAACCCUGCUGAUGAUCAAAUUUGCUGAGAAGUCUCUGGACAGGGAGGGUGGCAUCAGCCUCGAGGACUGGCUUUGUGCUCAGUACCUGGCUUUUGUCACCACAGACUCCCUUGGCUGUAUUGUGAAGAUCUUGCAACCCCGUUAAUGUAACCAGGAUGCUGCUUGUGUCACAUCCCCUCUUCAUCGUCACCCCACACUUCGCUGUCCUGGUCUUCACCCAGAACCCCCAGGGUAGAGAGAGCCCUUCCACCCCUGUCCAUGAACAAAUGGGUACAUUCAGGAGCUCACUCACCGCUCCAGAUCAAGUAAGAAGCUCUCUUAACUACAGCAGUGCAGCUGCACAAAUACGCUGGAGCACCUUCCAUCCUCAGUCCCUUCCAUGCAGCAAAAACUGCAGCUGCAUCUCCUUGAAGGGUCUGCUCCUGUGGUCUGAGUUCAGUGAGCUAUGUUCAGUUCCCGCGUAAUUCUGAUGAGCACCUGUCUUUUAGCAGCAAGUAUUUAUUCUCAUUAUCAAUAGCCAGAUAAGCCAGCUUCUGCCAGCGUCCAGUCACCUCUUAAACAGCCUCCUCCUUCCUUUAAGUUGUCAGUAAUAGAAUCUCUACCAGGCAGACAUGUCAUUCUUAGCAUCAGCUCAGCUUUGUUUGCCAGGACUGUGUCCUUUGUUUCUACAGGCAGCAGAAAGAAAAAGAGAUUCCUGCUCCUUGGGUCAGAGACCUGUUUUUAUUUCUAUUACCAGUAAGUGUGUGCACUGCACGGAGAAUGGCCUUAAUAGCCUCCCCCUUGCUGCCACUGCCUGGUGCUUCACCUCUACUCUGUCCCCACUUGUGGCCCAUUACAGAGCUGACCCUUCGUGGUGUUGCUGGUGCCCCAGAAGGGUACAGCGAGUUGAGAGCUUAUGAAUAUCUGGCAGGGCAUGAGGAGAUGAUUUUCUUGCAUGUGCAAUUCACUAGGGCCCACCAGGGAACAGAACUUGAAACACCAUUUUUUGAUUGCUGUCAGAGCUGUCAGUAUUGAGCGCCAAGGUCAGCAGAGCCUGGAUCCAAGUUCUCCCCUGAGCAGUGAUUGGCCAGCUUCCUCCUAUCAGUAGCCGGGGUUAGCUGGUUGACCAAAUGCUGUAGAUACAGCCCUGAAUGAAGUGGCAUCCAUUUAUCUCUGAGGUCUCCUUAGAUGGCAGUGUGAGAGGCUGACUACUGCAAUGACCAGAAGGCAAAGGACAGGGAGAUGGCCACAGAUGAGACAGCUGGCCUCCUCCAGAGAGCCUGCCAUGGCCUGCGUGGCACAUUGCUCCCGAGACUCAAGGGGCUCCAGAGGACAGCUCGCAGGAAGGCAGAUAGCUGAGGGCUGACUGAGAGCUACUCGCCACAGAGCCACGCUCCUCUGCAGUGGAUGUAUGUGCAAUUUCUGUUUGUAUUUUUUAGCUGUAUAUUACAGUGUUUAUGUUGCAACUUCACCUGAAGCAAGAUCUGCAGAAACCCUCCCUCUUCCCUGCACACCAAGCCGAAUAUUCCUUCCCCUGUGCGUGCAUGUGCCCGCUUGUUUAUUCAAAACUGUGAGUUUACGUCAGCUUUGAGUCCCAGGAGUCAUUCGCAUGGUGUGUGUGUGCACACAUGCUAGGGCAGAGGCCAGGCCUCGAGAGCAGCCUGUGGCAGGGCUGACAGACCUGUGCUCUGCACUGUCAGUGAGUGAGCCUGUGGCCCCAGCUGCCUGUGUGAUUUAUAAAAGCCGAGAUGGACUGUGCAGUAUUACUUAGAUGGCACAUUAGUGGCCUUGGACAUUUCUAAACUUUUAAUAUUUUUAACAGCCUUUCAUGUGAUUCACCUGUAUCAAAGAGGAUCAAGAAAGGAGAAGAAUGUAUUUUAUUGUGCUUUUUAUGUUGUUUUUAAGAGAAUGACAUUUGCAAGGCUCUACCUGUAAGAGGCCCUUGUCCUCUAGGACUUCUGGGAAGGCAGGCUGGCUGGCUGGUCCCAGAGUCUUGCCUUCUCUGUGCAGAGGGCAAGCUCAGCCUCUGUACUGUGGCUUGGCCGCCUUGCCGGUGGGUGAUAUUUGGUUUAGCACGCAGAGCCAUGCACACCUAACUCCUUGCCUGAUUAUGCACUGAGCUGGCCGUCCACAGACCAUUGCCCACGUCAGCAACAACCCCCCCCCAGUGGUUUGCAAAUUGAGACAUACCUUCUCAAUGUCGUUCUCGCGGUGCCUUGCCCAAGUAAAUUUGAAUGUUGACUAUUUAAUGAGGUUACAUAUUUAAUGCAGAAUGUUCCCCGGUCCUUCUGUUCUGUCCCAAGGUAUCUUUGUUUUUUCCAUUUUCCCUGCUAUGACUUGGAUACAGUCUUUACAGUAGAACAGGAUGGGCACCUCCACUACCAUGGUCUGACAGCACUGGGAAAUAGCACCUCCUUGUACCACAUGUGUCUAUUACUGUUUUUAUGUCCACAUUUGUGAAGGGCCAAGGAUGCAUGCCUAGGAGUCAAGAAGGGCCUCCAGCCCCUCAGACAAUGGCCAAGGAGCGGGAGGGGGAACACAACAGGUUAGAGCAGAGAGAGAAAAACUCUUUCUAGGCAAGACACACAUCGGAUGGUCCUCACAAUCGUCUUCCAAAGUAAUGAAAUUCAGUCUAACAUUAUUAUGAAUAUUUUAUACUUCAAUUUUAAUUUUGAUAGAAACUUGGAAUUCAUUUAUCAACUGGAAAUUCUACCCUCUGUAGACAUAGUUACACACACAUUUUUUAUACAUAUGUAUGUAUAUGAGUUUUGGAUUGCAAAUAGCAUAGCACUUUUUCUCAAGUAACAUCAAGUUACUGUCCUCAAUACUGAUUGGAAAUGUGGUGGGGUUUUUCCCGUCAGAGUCUAUACUAUUGAUUCUUUCAUUUCUGUUGAGCAUUCGAACAAUUAAGCCCUUACUGAGCUUCUCCUUAAGCCACACAAGCAUGAACAAUCUGACACGUUUGGGUCCUGGGGAACAGGACGGAGACUGGAGCAGCUGGGGUCAGGCGUGAAUGUAUCACAGAGUGCCUUGUUGGAGUGCAGCGUGGUCCUGGCAGGAUGAGUGGGGUCGUAGAGGACAGGGCGCAGAGAGCCCGCUAGAGCACAUACAGCAGUGAGCCGUGCCGAAGCGAGGCACAAACAGCGGGAUGGGAAAGGCAGUGAGAACCUGUAGAGCAGCGGUGUGAGAACCGUGAGUGGGACCAUCGGACUGAGACCGCUAGCAGCGGAAGCCAGGAGCCUGGCGAUGCCUUUCAGGACGCACCCUCAGAGGGCAAACUGGGUGAGGGACACGAGGGGCACAGCACCCACACCACCUAAUUACUGUGGGGCUCGAGUGAAGCACAUGAGGGGUUAGUGCCGGGCAGGCAGAGGCCAGGUCUGCUUCCAGACUCAGAGUACACCUGUGCGCAGGUAAAGCUCUAAGCCAGGAAACCUGCACCUCUAGAGAUACACGGGACAGUUCUGGAAGUACAGCUACCUAUAAUUGUAUUUCAAAGUUUCUAAUAUUAUAAAAUUUCCAUGCAAGAUCUUUUGGCCCUGGAAGUAGCACAACAUGAAAGGAUUGUGUCCAGCUUCUGGCAUUGGAGUUGUGAACACCCUGGCACUGGGAAGUCACCUAACAUUUGGUUUUGCCUGAAACCUGCAGUUAGCAUUUUCCCCAUAAUUUUACUAGAAACUGUGUUUCUAGUAAAGUGAUUCCUGAGCUAGAAGUGGUCAGGAAAUGCAUUCCGGCCCCACAAGCUGGGUGGAUGCAGGGCUCUGCACUCAUGUGUUGUAGAUGAUGGCAGCUGCGUGAAAUGUGAGCACCUUGGGGACCAGGCUCCCUGGCUGUGCUUCCCACGCCCCUUGCCAGCAGAGUACGCUGAGGCUGUGCCCUUGCUGAUGUGUGCCCUGGAGCCAGCUGUCCGUGCUUGCGGCAGCACUGCCACCGGGGGCACAGCAGGAAGCCAGAAAAGCCAUGGUGCUAGACGCUGGCCGGAGAUGAUACCAAAGAAAUCAGCCCUUUUGUCCUGCUGCUUCUCAGCUAGUGAGGCUGUGUGACAGACCCCAGGGAGGGAAAUUCAUACACAUUCCGGAUCAGCUGUUCAGCUGGUAAAAUAAGUUCAUCCUCCAAAAAGCACCUAGUUAAAAAGUUCAUUUUGUAUAUUAGGAGAGGAAGAAAGAAUGAUGAUGAUGAUGAUGAGGAGGAGGAGGAGGAGGAGGAAGCCUGGGGCAGAUAGUGACAUCCCUGGUGUCUGAGGAGGAACUCCCCACCGCACUGUAGCGUGACAGUGGC